AGCCGCCAUUGUUGUUAUUGUCGCUUGCGCAAGUGCGGAAGAAGUAUUUACUGGCCGUGAGGCGCAUGCGCACUGGUAGUGGUUCGGCUGUCUGAAAGUUCCACCUUAGAAGCUGUUUUAAAAAUUAAAAUAGGGUUUUCAGAGACUCUGACCACCGUUUUCGGGUAAACGAGGCGCUAUAACGGCGCAGGAUGGGUCGGGGUGAGGAGCUCAGUGACUUCCAGCGGGGCACCGUGGUGGGAUGCCACCUGAGUAAGAAGUCCACCCGGGAGAUCUCGGCUCUGCUGGCUCUGCCCCAGUCCACCGUCAGCUCUGUCAUCGUGAAGUGGAAACGGGAACGGAGAACGACCACCCUGCCCCGAUGCGGCCGGCCACAGAAGCUCAGAGAGGAGGACCGAAAAAUCCUGGAGAGGGUGGCCCGGGAGAAGUGCUUCACGUCCAUCGAAGCCCUGACAGCCGAGUUUCAGAGCGCCUCCGGAUCAGUAGUCAGCUCCAACACCAUCCGCCGGGAGCUGCACGAGAUGGGCUUCCGUGGCCGGGUGUCCUCCUACAGCAAGGCUAAAGGAAAAGAACGAGUUGCAAAGAAGCAGGCAGCACCCUGCCAGGAGGAUGGAGGCGCCGACGUGUCCGGUCUGGACCUGCGUGUGGGCCGUAUAAUCACAGCUGUGCAGCUUCCAGACACCGACAGUCUGUACAUGGAGCAGGUCGACGUUGGAGAAGCUUCUCCCAGGAUGGUGGUCAGCAAACUGUCCAAACACGUAUCUGUGGACCAGGUGCAGAACAGAAUGGUGGUCCUGCUGUGUAACCUGAAGCCAGCCAUGACCAAAGGAUUUGUGAGCCAGGCGGUGCUUCUGUGCGCCAGAUCUUCAGACAAAGUGGAAAUCCUCGACCCUCCCAGUGGGGCAGUGCCAGGAGACAGAGUCACUUCUCAACAAUUUUCAGGUGAGCCGGACAAAGGUUCGACCCUGGAAAAGAUGGCGUGGGAGCAUAUUCAGCCAGAUCUUUGCACGGACGCCCAGUGUGUUGCAACCUACAAAGGAGAUGCCUUAGAAGUCAAAGGGAAGGGAGUGUGCACUGUCCAGACCAUGAAAAACAGCCAAAUCGAAUGAACACUGCUGCAGCAGCACGUCGAUGCCUUCACUUCUGCUCUGAUGCAAUGGAUUUGUUAUUUUUUUUGUCCACAGUCAGGAAAUGACAGUUGAGAGCCCUCUGCUGGACAGACGUGUGCAUGACUGUUACAAAUGAAGUGAUGUAGUUUGAGUUUGACCAAAGAGGAUCCCUACAUUACUCACAACAGCGUGCUGUCAGGGGAAUAACUCAGUAGACUCAGACAUGAGAUCAUGCAGUACACGGCCAUAUGCAGCAUGGUUUGAAAUUAUAGAAAAGUACUUUGAAGAAUCCCCUUCUGUUGGGAGAUUUGUGUUCAAAAAAAUGAAACUGUAAAGUCCAGUUCCACUAAACAAACAAAACUUGAAAUUCCCCUGAGAUAUAGGGGCAAUUUAACUGAAGCUGACUGUAUGGAUACAUUUUGAAAUGUUUUUGUUUCUUCCUGAUACUGUGAAUGAGUCAUUGUAAUACAUCUAUGAUAUAUGUAUUCUUUUGUUUUAUAUUUUCUAUCAUAUUUGUUAUCCAGAUGUCAUUUAUUUUAGUAGAGAAUCUCUUAUUUGUGCCAUCCUGAUUUAAAUAAAAACAGCCACAUGCAGAUAGAGAAGUUUUAUUUUACUGUAACUUCAUCUCAUUUUGUAUUGAUUCUGUGAUUGCAAACAUCUUGUGUCAUGAAACAUGUUUCAUGUCAGGUCGUAUGGUUUUGGCUUUAUAACACUAAAAGCUUUCCUUCCCUUAUUUAAAUGAAGAACUGAGAAACUAUGUAAUAAAAAUGGGGAUGUGAUUCAAGAACCAAGUGGAACAGUUUGUUCGAAGCAGAGUUUAUGGCAAUUAUUUGACAACAC